UUUUUUCUAAAAUGGUUUGAAAAUGUGUGGCGUGAAAUAUGAACCUAAUAGCGAAAUAAAAUGUCAUGCGUUUUCUAAAGACGAAUCACGUAAGGGUCAGUGGAAGAAAGCUUGUGAGAUCAAUUUAUGUUUGUCAACAUCCAGAGUAUGUUCAAAUCAUUUUUUACCAGCAGAUUAUGAAUUGAGUGGACUUUUGAAAAGAGAUGCUGCUCCAUGUAAACAAAAUAUAUCAAUAAAUCAGGAAAAUUCAACAGCUACUAUUACAGAUACAAAUAUUACAAAUCAUUCUGAUAACAAUGAUUUUGGAGAAUCAUGUCUUGAAUCUGAAAUCUGUGUUACUCCCAGAAAACGCAAAUUGGAUAAUGUGAAAGAUAUAACAUCAGUACAGCUAUCACCAUAGAUUGGUGUUAGACAUAAAUUGUCACCAUAUCCGAAAAAAAUGUAAACGAUUAAAUGUUAACACUAUUGGACUAUUAUCACCUACCCAUUUCAGUUCUCCAAAUAGAGCCAAAAGACAUUUAAAUAUGAUUAAGUUUAAAUACCAACAAAAACAAAUUCAAAAUCAUAAUCUUCAAAUAAAAUUGAAAAGAUUGACUAUUAAAUUGAAGACUUAUGACGAAUUUAUUAAAAA